UUUUAAUGUCGAGGAUGUUAGUUAGGAGAUUUGGUGAUUUGGGAGAAUAAGUUGAAGCAAUAUGGUAGGAUUUUUUCCCUGAGAAUAUUGGAAUUUUCCUGGGAAACUUUCAGGAAUUGGUACUUGUUUGAAGCAAGGUAUUUUUUUUGGGGGUAAGAAUAGGAAGAACUGGAAGAAAGAGCUGAUUGCUGGAUUUUGCAUUAGAAUCCGAGAUGAAUUUUGAAGAAUUUUCAAUUCCACAAGGAAAAGAAUUCCAGUUUAUGGGUUCUUGGAUACCAGUAACCCCACAAAAGCCAAUCCCCCCGAGAUCGAAUCCAAUCCAGGUAAAUGUGCAUGGGAACCAGUUUAGAAAAGAAAAUUGGCAGGAAAUUGCUGGAUUACCUACGGGAUAUGUUCAAGAUAUCCUAACCUACAAUGGAGUUUCUCACAAUUUCAACCAGGAUCAACAUUUUGGCAGUCUAAAUUUGGCAAAGAAUAACAGAAUGAUCAAUAACAUUGCAGGUUCUUAUAGACAGGUUCUUCAAACUGGAAGCACAGAAUGGAAUAAUCGUACCUGGGAAAAUCUUCUGGCAAACGGAAAUGCCACAACUGGUUUCGCCUCUGCAAGCAUAGGCAACGGGAACACAGCACCAAUUUCAAAUUUGCAUUCUCGAGAAGAUAACUGGAGACAUUCUAGUUCACAUCAAUCUUCGAGUUCAGGCUUCAUGACAAAUAUCAACAGCUUCCUCAAGAUGCCACAAUAUGAAUUUCCGAUACCUUCAAUGCCAGAGUGCAAUUUAAACUCACAAAGGACAGAAGUCGGCGCAGCUUCUUGUUUCACCACCUCAUUUCAAUCCAUGUUAGCAGCACUAAAUCAAACUGAGAAGAUGGAGAACAAGCAGAUCUCCGCAGCACCAACUUCAGCAUCAGAUGAAUGUUCAAAUUGUGAGAAGGAAAAGCAGGAAAAUUUAAUUGCGUGUAAUGAAAAUGGAGUUUCUCAAAAGAACUGUGAGCUCUUAAAUAACGUUGUUGAUUCCUCAUCUGCUGUCAUUUCUGCUCCGAUGGAGGAAAAGGACUCUGAAAGGGGAAGUGCCCUAGGCAUAGAUCUGAAUAAGACGCCUCAGCAAAAACCACCUAAACGAAGAAAACACAGACCCAAGGUAAUUGUGGAAGGAAAACCCAAAAGUACUCCGAAGUCAGCCGCUGCUAACGUUAACUCCAAAGACAACCAAAAUGGGAAGAGGAAGUAUGUACGCAAAAAAGGCCUCGCGGAAUCAGCAACUGAACAUGCAGAUUCAACAAAGGAGUCAAGCUCAACCGCUGGAACUCCGGAGAAGUGGAAGCAUGUAUGGAAGAGAAGCCUGAAAGAAUCAGCCAAUGAACCAAUAGAUCCAGCAAACAAAUCUGCUCGUGGUACUGGGACAACUGCAACAGGGAAGCACAUGCACCAGAGCAACCAGAAAGAAUCAAUGAUUUUACAAGGAGAUUGUACAAGAGGCUCUGAUCCUAGUGCUCAAGCAACUCAACAAGUAGAUCGUAUGGAGGAGACUGAUCCUUGUCCCGUGCCUGCUCAAAGAUCCUGCAGAAGAGUAUUGAAUUUUGACUUUGAAAACACUGGAAAUGGAAGUCCGGCUGAUAUAUUUAAUCACCAAGUGACGUUAGAGGGAAGUAAGUCCUUUGAAUCCCCAGCCCUGGGGUUUCCUGAUGUGGGAUACAGUGGGUUUAGAACAAAACUCAGUACACAGACUACUCAACAGAGUGGAUUGGCAGUGGAAAACCAGCAACUACAAGGUGAAUGUAGUGACCCUGUUUUCUUGAAGAAAAUGAUGCCAGCUGACUACAUGUCCCUGCCAAGUAUAACAGCUGCUACUGCCUCUCAACUUCAAGCAAAGGAGACGAUGGAAAAAAUAAAUGCCAUGACAAGGAACGUAAACAUGUACAAUGCUGAUUUCAGCCGGAAAAGCUACAGAAAUGAGUACAGUUCCACACAACAAGCCUUUCAAUUUGUUUCACAAAGGAGAAGCAACUGGGAAAAUAUUGAUGGGACCAAGGAACUCAUGUUCAAGAGACAACCUCAAUCAGUAGCAGCAGUUUUGUCCAACUCUAAUGAAGGUAGGGGAUCCAAGAGAGAUCACUAUCAUGCCAUUGAGUGGGGACAAUUUAGCGGAGCAGGUUCAAUGAGUUCAUUGCUAUCCCAAGGCAUAUUUGAAGAGGACGAAGGUUACAUGAAUGGAAGCGGUAAUGGGACACCUUUUCUACAGGCUUCAAAAAGAAAGCUGGUUGAGGAUGAAACCCAUGCAUAUAUUUGUAGAAUGCAGUGCCCAAUGUCACUUGCUGCAGGACUACUUCAAACAAAAGGCACAGAUGGCGUUAAUGUAGAACAAUUUACAUCACUGAGAGAUUGUGGAAUAUCUAACCCCCAAUUUCAAAGUGAUAACGUAGACAGCAGAAAAAGUGGUGAGUUCAUUGAACUUACAAGAGGCAGGUAUGUUAACUCUAUGGCUAGAGGUGUAACUUCUUCAAAGCAAAAUACUUUUUCCCAACUGCAUUCAGGCAUGGAAAAGGUAGGAAAAACAAAUGCGUUAGCUUUGGUCCAAAACGUAGCCAUAAUCAAGAACCGGAAUCUUCUUCUACCAACUACCCCUGAAAAGGUCCCAACACCUCAAUUUGGAUUCGCCGGCAAAAGAUCCCAUACCAAUGUUUCAGUAAAGAAGAAAAGAGAGCCUGGUCUAUCUAGAAUAGUUCCAUCCAGAACUGGAAAGAUGCUGCAAGAAAAGGAAGAAGUGAAUGAGAACCAACAGAAAUCCAUAAAAGCAAGAGGGCCAUCAGCAAAACAGGAAUCUCUCAAUUCAGUAGAGGAGAUGAUAAAUAGAUUCAGGGGUCUCACUCUCGAAGAAAGGAACAACAAGCCCAAAGUAGGAGUACAAAAUGCACUUGUUGUAUACAACGGAGCUGGAACAGUUGUCCCAUAUGAGGGGUUUGAGUUGAUCAAAAAAAGAAAAGUACGACCUAGAGUGGUCCUUGAUCCAGAGACAAAUAGGGUAUGGAAUUUGUUGAUGGGGAAAGAGGGAGAAGACAUUGGGGACACUGAGAAGGAUAAGGAAAAAUGGUGGGAAGAAGAAAGGAGAGUUUUUCGCGGAAGAGUUGAUUCAUUUAUAGCACGGAUGCAUCUUGUACAAGGAGAUAGGCGCUUCUCAAUAUGGAAGGGAUCUGUGGUAGAUUCUGUAAUAGGAGUCUUCCUAACCCAAAAUGUUUCAGACCACCUUUCAAGCUCUGCCUUCAUGUCUCUGGCAGCAAAGUUUCCUUUGAAGUCAUCAAGAAAGACAGACUGCAAUGCAGAUGGGGUAAAAAUACUAAUCGAAGAACCAGAAGUCCGUGAAUUGAAUCCAGGUGAAACCAUCAAAUGGCAUGAAAUGCCAUUCAGUUGUCAACUUGACAGCCAAAGCUCCAUGACUCCCUACAGGUCAACAGAUUACCUGAGAAACAGUGAGUAUUUAGGUGUAAAGAGAACAAGCUUCACUGGAACGUAUGGUCUGAGCUUGGAGGAAGAAGUGCUAUCAUCACAAGGUUCUUUUGAGUCCUCAGUUAUUCAAGCAAACAGAGGAUUCAGAACCUACUCAGAAACAGAAGAUCCUAGUAUGAGAUGCAAGCUACGCAACAUUCAUGGUUCAACUCCUGACCAGAUAGAAAACAGUGCCUCAUUUGAGGAAUUUUACUAUUUCGCAAAUAGGAGCUCACUGUUUCAUGAGGGAUUAAAAUAUAAACAAUCAGAAGUUACAGAAGAGGGGCAGGCACCAAGAUUGGAAAGAACAGAAAAUCUCAAAUGGUCUUCCUCAUUCAAUCAAGAUAGCUAUUUUAGAAGUCAACUAGAAAAAGCGUUUGGAGUGAGUAGCCAUCCACUACACAUAACUUUGGAGUCUGAAACAUGGCAAGAAGAGGGCCUUGAACCUUUCAGUGAAGAGUGCAUGUCUUCCUGGGAUUCAACUGGUAUUGGGUUCAACAAGCCAAAACUACCUUAUCAUAGUGGAGGUAAAAUCACAGUCCAACACAAUGGACAACCAGUAAAUCAAAAUACGGCCACAACAGCCUUCAGUACCUUAUCAGGUGAGCACAUGGUGCACCAACAAGAAGUUCAUACUAAAAGUAAUCAGCUUUGCAACAAUCAUCAAGAAAAGGGGAAGAAGACCUUCCAAUCAGAAAGUGCAUCAGUCACAAUGCCUCCAACCACUGAUGUAUUCACUAAGAUGCUUAAAAGUACCUCACUGUCUGCUGCAGAGGCCGUCAAACUCACAGAAAGGACUGAUGUUGAAAGAAUGACUGAUUUGGCUAAGGGAAAAGCUAUAGAAAGCAGAGAGGUUCAAUCUGAUGCAAAGGAACUAAUGCAUUCUUCUGAAAAUCAGCAUGGAGAAAACAGCAGCUUAAAGCCCAAGAGAAGAAAGGCUCAGGAAGAGAAAAAUAAUGCAACUGACUGGGACCAGUUAAGGAAGCAGGUGCAAGCCAAUGGUUUAGAAAAAGAAAGAAGCAAAGAUACUAUGGAUUCCAUGGAUUACGAAGCAAUGAGAAAAGCUAGUGUUGAUGACAUUUCUAACACCAUCAAAGAAAGAGGGAUGAACAACAUGUUGGCAGAACGAAUCAAGGACUUCUUGGACCGGCUGGUUAGAGAGCAUAAAAGAAUUGAUCUGGAGUGGCUAAGAGAUGUUCCACCUGGUAAAGCAAAGGAUUAUCUUUUAAGCAUAUGGGGAUUGGGGCUGAAAAGUGUGGAGUGUGUUCGGCUUUUAACCCUUCACCAUCUUGCUUUUCCAGUUGACACAAAUGUUGGACGAAUAGCAGUUCGGCUAGGAUGGGUUCCUCUACAACCGCUGCCCGAAUCACUACAGCUGCAUCUCCUAGAAUUGUACCCAAUACUAGAGUCGAUUCAAAAAUAUCUGUGGCCAAGAUUAUGCAGACUUGAUCAGACAACAUUGUAUGAACUACAUUAUCAAAUGAUUACAUUUGGAAAGGUUUUCUGCACAAAGAGUAAACCAAAUUGCAAUGCAUGUCCAAUGAGAGGGGAGUGCAGGCACUUUGCAAGUGCAUUUGCAAGUGCAAGGCUCGCACUACCAGGGCCUGAAGAGAAAAGUAUAGCAAGUCCUAGUGCUCCAAUGAUGCCGGAGGGAAAUCUUAUGGGAGCCGUGAAUCAAAUUCCAUUACCUCCACCUGUGCAUAACUUGCUUAAAGUAGGGUCUAAUGGUGGCAACAGUGAACCUAUCAUUGAAGAGCCGGCAACACCAGAACUAGAGCACACAGAAGUAACACAGAGCGAUAUUGAAGAUGCAUUCUAUGAGGAUCCUGAUGAAAUUCCCACAAUAAAACUGAACAUGGAAGAGUUUACAGCAAACCUACAGCAUUACAUGCAGGAGAAUAUGGAACUCCAAGAAGGAGACUUGUCAAAGGCUUUAGUAGCUUUGAAUCCUGAAGCUGCUUCUAUCUCUACUCCAAAACUGAAGAAUGUGAGCAGGCUACGAACAGAACACUAUGUAUAUGAGCUUCCAGAUACGCAUCCUCUCUUGACACAGAUGAAAAAGCGGGAACCUGAUGAUCCUAGCCCCUAUCUUCUAGCUAUAUGGACACCGGGAGAAACUGCACACUCAUUUCAACCAACAGAACAAAGUUGUGGAUCCCAGGAACGAGGAAGAUUGUGCAGUGAGAAGACCUGCUUUGCUUGCAAUAGCGUAAGAGAAACUAAUGCUGAGACAGUCCGAGGAACCAUCUUGAUACCUUGUAGAACUGCAAUGAGAGGAAGCUUUCCCCUAAAUGGGACGUAUUUUCAAGUUAAUGAGGUCUUUGCAGAUCAUGAAUCAAGCCUUGACCCAAUCGACGUUCCAAGGGGAUGGAUCUGGAAUUUACCGAGACGAACGGUAUACUUUGGAACAUCUGUGUCAUCAAUAUUCAAAGGACUUUCAACUGAGGGAAUUCAGUACUGCUUUUGGAAAGGGUUUGUUUGUGUAAGGGGAUUUGACCAAAAAACAAGAGCACCCCGGCCCCUUAUGGCCAGGUUGCACUUUCCUGCGAGCAAGCUGCCCAAGAUGAAGACUGAAAACAAGAAAUGAACCAGCCAUCAUACGGAGAUGAUUGUUACCAAGAGGUACAAGCUAGUGCCAAUCCAUAAAGGUAACUACAAUAGCCAACCAGUUAGCAGAGAAAAAUUUGCAGAGUAGCAGAGAAGAAAUUUUUUUACUAACAUAUUGUUGUACACAACUGUUCUUUCUCUAUAACAUGAGAUGCAUCCAUCCAUGUUAGCACAGAAAAAAGAACUUUUAUUAGUGAAAUUUUUAACCCAUGGUAAGUGGGAUUAAUGUAGUCUGUCAAUUUAUCAAAACUGUGAUUGUUAUAUUAAUUCAUGCUCUAAAGAGAGCCAUUUUUCAAUAAAUAGCCAGAAAUAAUUCUUCCUA